AUACGGGACAACAAAGUUAUCAUUCGUGAAACCGAUAGGUUUUAUCACUAUACUUUGAUUUGUUUAUUUGAUAGAUAUUGUUCAUGAAAGAAAGAAAAAAAGAUACACUGCAGCUGUUUCGUGUCUUUUUAUGUAUUUAUUUUCUUUGAACGGUGUUCGAGCGGGGAAGCAUUUUACACAAAUUAAACAUGCUGCUGUGCUUCGCCCUAUAAGCAUCCAAGAAGCUGCCUGAGCUUGUCGAUCAAUUGGUAGAGUGGAGAAGCAGCAGCAGCAGCAGCAGCAGCAGCAGCAGCAGUUUGCGCGACAGUGGAGACCCGCAGUCUCGCUUGAUUUCUGGAUAUUGGGGGACCUCUCUACCAUGUCAUAUCCGCAAUUUGGAUAUCCAUAUUCGUCUGCUCCGCAAUUCCUAAUGACAAGCAACUCUCUGACCACCUGCUGCGAGUCCACCGGCAGAUCCAUCGCCGACUCCGGAGUGGCGGCGUCCGGGCAGACGCCGGUCUACUGCCCGGUGUACGAGAGCCGGCUCCUGGCCACCGCCAGGCACGAGCUCAGCUCGGCCGCCGCACUGGGCAUGUACGGGAGCCCCUACACCGGCACUCAAGGAUACGGCAACUACGUUACAUAUGGAACGGACGCCUCCGCGUUCUACUCGCUGGGUACAUUCGACACAAAAGAUGCCACAGCCUCUGCACAUGCAGGAAUAACCCAAGCGACGGCCUACUACCCCUAUGAUCCCACCUUGGGACAAUAUCAGUAUGACAGAUAUGGUUCCAUGGAUGGAGGACCUAGGCGCAAGAACGCCACUCGUGAGACAACAAGCACCCUGAAGGCCUGGCUGCAGGAACACAGGAAGAACCCUUAUCCCACCAAAGGUGAAAAGAUCAUGCUGGCCAUCAUCACCAAGAUGACGCUGACACAGGUGUCCACCUGGUUUGCCAACGCCAGGAGGAGGCUGAAGAAGGAGAACAAGAUGACAUGGCCGCCCAGAAACAAGGGCUCCGAGGAGAAGCGAUAUGACGAGGACGACGACUGUUCUCAGGAGGAGCAGAUUAAAAGUGAAAGUCAGGAAAAUGAUAGUCGAGGUCAAUCCAAUAAAGAUCUCCAGCUGAGCGACCUGGAAGACUUUGACACUCUGGAGUCAGAGAGUUCGGAGUGCGAGUUGAAGCACAGAUACCACAUGAACCCUCACAUGACAACAACCGGCGACUGUCCCGCCGAGCACCUCAUCAAAGACGGGUCCGUGAAAAUGUCCGGCCCGGUUUCGCUCGGGGGGGAGCAGGACUUGAGUAGCAAAAGUUGCCUAAAAACAAACCAGGAGGAUUUCCAGGCGGAAAGCAGAGCGCAACCAAAGUCUUGUUACAGCCAACAGCCGCAGCACCACAUACUAGACGGCAAACCUCGGAUCUGGUCUUUGGCCCAGACGGCGACCUCCUUGGUCCAGACUGAUUACCCUUCCUGUAUGCUGAGGUGUCAAGCACCCCCGUCCUCCUCGCUCAGCCCACCCCCUGUCGCUACCUCACCCGCCCCGGGCCUGGACCACAGGCAGGACUCGCCUGUCACUACACUGAGAAACUGGGUGGACGGGGUCUUCCACGAUCCCUUGUUCAGGCACAGCACUUUGAGCCAGGCCCUGACCCACUCCACCGUAUCCUGGAGCAGCAGCACCACCAAAGGAUCCAUCUUGGAGGCCCAGAGGAGUCCGGGGGUUCUGCAGCAUGACCAGGACUCGUCCAAAGACACUGCCAUGACUUUCAAAACUAUUAACAAACUCUUUUGUUCGUAAUAACACCAAAACAAAUAAUUUAUUUAUAAAAAAAAAAAAAAAGGACAAAAACACCUGGGAUGGAAGCUAUAUGUCGCGUUUUUGCUGGUACAUUCUUUAACACAAUGAACUAUUCCAAUUGAUCCAGAUUUGUUUUUUUUUGUUUUGUUUUUUUCAACGCACGCGCACAAAUGAUCAAAUUGUAUAAUAUGUUUACAUCUUGGGACAAUAUCUUGAGGUUUACAGUAUUUAUUAUUUACUUUACUUUCAUCCCUGUACGCAUGCAUAUAUAAUUCAAAUCAUUUGGAGGAUCACUAUUAAAUAAAAUAAAAAGGUC